AUGUCUGAGCCUGCUCCAGGCAUUUUUACCUUUGAGAUUUUUCAACCACACUUCUGUGAGUUAUUGUUAUCUGAGGUUGAAAAUUUUGAGAAAUGGGUCAACACAACAAAGUUUCAAGUUAUACGUCCCAGUAUACUGAAUAAAUUCGGUGUUGUUCUUGAUGACUUUGGCCUUCAAACCAUGCUUGACAAGCUUAUGAAAGGUUUUAUCUGUCCUUUGUCCAAAGCUCUAUUUGCUGAAAUUGGUGGUUCAACUUUGGAUUUUCAUCAUGGGUUUGUUGUUGAAUAUGGUACAGAUAAAGAUACUGACUUGGGUUUCCAUGUUGAUGAUUCAGAAGUAACUUUGAAUGUUUGUUUGGGGAAGCAAUUUUCUGGAGGAGAACUUUAUUUCCGAGGCAUGAGAUGUGAUAAACACAUAAAUACAAAAAGUCAUCCAAAGGAGAGUUUUGACUAUUUCCAUACCCCUGGAAGAGCUGUGCUUCAUCAUGGUCGACAUCGCCAUGGUGCUAGAGCUACAACAUCAGGUCACAGGGUCAACCUGAUUUUGUGGUGCAGAAGAGAGAUGGUGAAGUUUAAAAAAGAUUGUUCUAGCUGGUGUGCAGAGUGUUUUGAAGAGAAGAGAAAAAAGCUCUUACCAUUGGAUUGGGAUGAGACCGAAGAGGUACCAUCCAGGAAGGAAAAAGAACCAGCUGCACCACCUACAACUGGUGAUAAGUGGAAGUGGGGGGUUAGAAAAUAA